UAAAGCGGAGAAACCUUUUUAUUUGUUCCAUUUAUUGACAAAUAAUUGAUGAUUUAUAUGAAAAUUGACACACGCACACACACACAUGACUAUUCUUUUAGGCAACAAAAUGUCAACAUCAAUACGUAUUCCGCCAGCUGCAUCAGUGCCAGAAAAGAAGAAAUCCCGCAAAAAAUCCAACAUUACAUUGCACAUACCAACGAGUUUACAGGAUGUUCGCGACAAUUACUGUGUACAGGCGCUGGCUCAAACCACGAUGGACUUUUGCCGAGACUCAACUUUGCAUGGUAUCAAACACAUUGUUGUUGACAUCCAAGAAUUGGGCUCAAGCUAUAGCCGCCGAAAGCGAAUAAACAAGUUGCUGAGUUUGAUCAUUUGGUCGAGUGCUUGUGUGAUGGGCGCAGUUUUUGCAAUUGUCUUGAUGGGCCUAGUUUGGGAUCGAUUUCAAACAACACCAACAAUCACUACGGUCGAAACGAACAAUUAUCCCAUUUGGAAUGUUCCAUUUCCCGCAAUCACCAUAUGCAAUAUCAACAAAGUUUAUGCACCAGCCACAAAGAAUAUCACGGACAAAUUAAUUGAAAAAGGUUUGAAAAAGGAGUCAAUUAUCGAAUUUCUAGAGAAUUUAGCCAAAUUGAUCACACCUGAAUAUAUCGAUGCAUUAUAUUUGAAAACCUAUCAAUUCCUUGAGGAGAUGGGCUACACAACUGAUAAGCUAAUGCUGGAACUGAUGCAGCCCUGUAAUAACAUGAUCAAAAAUUGCGCUUGGCUCGGUAAAAUCGUCCCUUGUGACACUCUCUUCCGGGUCGCACGCUCAAGCGAGGGAUUUUGUUGUUCAUUCAAUUACAAAGCACUAAAAGGCGACUUGGAAAUUGAUUCAUCAAAAAAUACCGUUAAUGAGCAACUAAAUAAUCCAACGUAUCGGGUAUCUGGGGCUGGUGAGAAUGUUGGCUUGAAUAUUCGUAUUGAAAUCGAGAAGGAGUCAUAUGUGGCAUACAGUAAGUCAUUUUAUGGUGCAAAAAUCCUAAUUCAUGAUGCCGAAAAUUUCCCUCAAACAUCGGUCACUACGACAACAAUUGGCCAGCCGGGAUAUGAUCUGACAAUUGCGGUACUUCCCUCAGUAAUUGUGGGCGAACCCGGCAUUCGAUCAUUGUCACAAAAACAACGGAAUUGCCUAUUCGUCGAUGAGAAAAAAUUACGAACAACAAAUAAAUACAGCUUUCAAAGUUGCAUGACCGAGUGUACCGUUGACACAAUUUUGAAUAAGUGUGACUGUUUGCCAUUCUAUUAUCCGGAGUCAAAUAUGAAAGCCUAUUCGAAAAAGUAUCGCCAAUGCUCAUUGCACGAUGUGAAAUGCUUACGGGAUAAUCGACAUGUAUUUUCGAGUUUGAAACCACCAGACAAUAUAGCUGCCCUCAAUGAGAGCAGCAUCGGAAUGGAGUGUGUCUGCCCACCAACAUGCUCGGAAUUACGUUAUGAGGUGCAAUCAAUUUUAUCUCGCCGCUAUCCAGAGGAUAAACUCAACACAACAACUUCCGGAGAUAAUAGUGAAGAUCUAGAUGAUUCAACGACACUUAAGGUUCAUUUCAAGGACCUGACAUGUAUCAAGUACCGACGUGAUAUGUAUAUGACUUGGGAUGGCUUAUUUGCCUCGUUCGGUGGAAUUUUUGGUCUAUGCUUGGGCGGCUCUGUCAUCAGUUUAGUCGAGCUAUUUUAUUUCUUCACAUUGCGCUUAUAUAGUGUUGUCAUCAAUCGUGGAGCAAUCAAACAUGAUUCGAAACGCGUCAGCAUCAGUAAUAAUGUCAAAACGGUUGAGAUCAAUCCGAAAGCAUUUCUACAAAAUUUGAAGGCCUAUCAGCAAUUUGACCGACAUCCGAAAUGGCAUCGCGUGAGACCUUCGAUAUUUGGAUCAACUGCAAGCACCGGAACCAUUUUGGGCAAAACUGCAAUUCAUGAAUUCAACAAACCAGCCGUUCAUGAAUUUUUAAAAUAAACAACGAUAUCAUAGUUAUGAUAGAACAUGAUAGAUUUUGUCGGCAUUAUCAGCACCAGCAUUAUUCCAUUGAAUCACAAAUUAAACUGUGAACGUGUGUGUGUAAAUUGAUUUUUGUGUAUAAAUUGUUCAAUGAUUCCAGUAUUUGUUAUCACAAACAAUGAAUGAAUCCAAUAAACCGAUCAUAACUGAAUUUGAAAUAUUGCAGUUGCUAUGAUUGAUUCAAAUGGCCUUG